AUGAAGAAGCCGGCUCAGAGAACUACGCUUUGUUAUAUCAGUAAGGCAUUUUUAGCAUAUUGUAGUAUUAUUAAAUUAAUGUGUCAGAAAAUGGUUUUUUGAUCAUAAAUUACUUGUUUUAGACAAGCUAUACCAGUCACAACGACAACAACAACAAAAACAACACUGCCGCCUGCAGAAAAGUCGUAUACGUAAGUUAUUUUUAAAAUUUACUAUAGUAGAGUAGGUUAGUAAUUUUGUUAAUUUCAGGGUUGGAUACAGGGUAUUAGUCUAGGGGUGGGUCAACAAUUUUUUUUUGUUAAGGGGUAGUUUUUUUAAUUUUUUUUGAAAAAUCAACGGGUGGGACCAAGUUCGAUUUUUUUGAAAAAAAAAUUGUGGAGGGGUAGUGGGGGGAGAUAAAAAAUGUACUAAAAGCCAUUUUUAUUUUAGACUGGUCAUAACAGUAUCAGUUGUCAUCGCGCUUAUCAUAGUUAUUUUAUCCGCCAUUGGAGGUUUCUUAUAUUGGUAUGUCAUAAGGAAAGGACGGUCAUUAAAAUCAAUCUUUAUUUCUACAAAAAAGGGUUGGAUGCAAACUUAGACCAUGGUCAAAAUGAUGAUAAUGAACAAGAAAAGGAACACAAGAAUGAAAAGAAGAAAGACAAGAGUAAAAAGAACAAAGAGAAGAGCCAAAAGAUGAAAGAAAAGAGUAAAAAGGAUAAGAAAAAAGAGAAAGAAACGAGUAAAGAGAAGGAAGAAGCAUCAAAACAAGACUCAACAUCAGAGCAAACAUCAGGCAAGGACGUAGCAAAGGAUAUAGAUCAGAAAAUCAAGGAGAAGAUGAAACAAUCCUCAAUAGCCGACGAACCAAAGCUAAUCCUACCUCCAUCUUUAGAAGCAUCUAAAAGCGUCACAAUAUCAACAGUAUCAGAGAAGCCGGAUGAAAUAGCUGUUAAUGUCGAUUUCAAACCACACGAUGUGGGUGUUUAA